CUCUCCCCCCACUCCGGAGUCACCAUGAGCUGGAGUUUCCUGACUCGUCUCUUGGAUGAGAUCUCCAACCAUUCCACCUUUGUGGGCAAGAUCUGGCUCACGCUGCUCAUCGUCUUCCGCAUUGUGUUGACGGCUGUAGGAGGCGAAUCCAUCUACUACGAUGAACAGAGCAAGUUUGUGUGCAAUACGCACCAGCCCGGUUGCGAAAAUGUGUGCUACGACGCUUUUGCGCCGCUCUCGCACAUCCGUUUCUGGGUCUUCCAGGUGAUCAUGAUCACCACCCCCACCGUCAUGUACCUGGGCUUUGCCAUGCACAAGAUUGCCCGCAUGGACGACGAGGAAUACAGGCCCCGUGGUAGGAGAAUGCCCAUGGUGAGCCUAGGGACCAACCGGAACUACGAGGAGGCGGAGGAUAAUGGUGAGGAGGAUCCCAUGAUUUCGGAGGAGAUUGAGGUGGAGAAGGAGAAGAAGAAAGAGGAGAAGCCCAACAAGAAGCAUGACGGGCGCCGGCGCAUCAAGCGCAAUGGCCUCAUGAAGGUGUACAUCUUCCAGCUGUUGUCGCGUGCUGCUUUCGAGGUCUCCUUCCUGUUCGGCCAGUAUAUCCUCUACGGCCUGAAGGUGUCUCCCUCGUACGUGUGCACACGCUCCCCCUGCCCGCACACGGUGGACUGCUUUGUGUCGCGCCCCACAGAGAAGACCAUCUUCUUGCUCAUCAUGUACGGGGUGAGUGCCCUCUGUCUGCUCUUUACCUUGCUGGAGAUCCUCCACCUGGGCUAUAGCGGCAUCCGGGACUGUCUCUGCCGCCCUCGUCCUCGCCCCCCAAUUCCCCACCAACUGGCUAGCCAGCGUCCAACACUAUGUGGCCACCGGGUGCCCACAGCUCCUCCGGGCUACAACACAGCUCUGAAGAAGGACCCCAAGGGCAUGCGGUUGGACUACAACCUGGGCGACUCGGGCCGUGAGUCGUUUGGGGACGAGACUUCACAGCGGGAGCUGGAGAGGCUGAGGAGGCACUUGAAGCUGGCCCAGCAGCACCUGGACCUGGCCCACCUGAACGAGGACACCAGCAGUCCGUCGCGGAGCAGCAGCCCCGAGUCCAACGGGACGGCCGUGGAGCAGAACCGCCUCAACUUUGCCCAGGAGAAGCAGAGCAGCACCUGCGAGAAAGGUUUGCGAGCCUAACUUCUUCAUUUGCCCACCUGGCCCUCUUAUGAUAUAUUCUCGCAUCUGGGACAGUGAGGGUAUGAAGGAGCAUUGUGUGGGAACAGGUGUUGUGUAUAUGUGACUCGAGGAGGAUUAAUUUCAGUAUUUAGGCCAGUGAACGCUCAACUGAAACAUGCCAAACUCAACGAGUAGGCUCUUCCUACCCAGCUACACUUGACCAUGUCUGAAGAUCCAAAGUGACCCAACUGUUUUCAGAACAUGCCUAUUAGUCUCUCAGGGCAGCUGUGCUGUUUUGUUGAACUUCCUUUAGUAGUUUGUAGUUAUUCCUCUUUGCUGGAGUUUAGAGGGGUCCAUCUCAAGUUGGCCUUGAACCUUAAACUGGAGUUUACAUUUCAGCCAUUCCAAGAGGGUAAGGGCAAGCAAAGUGUGUCACAAAACCAUGUCAAAUGAGUUUUUUUUGUGAGGAAUACGGAACCACAGUGAGUCAGUGUUUGAACUGGUAUGGUAAUAGACAAGGCUCUCUGCUGUUGAGCAUAAGAAAAGGUACUAAGUGGCCAAUUCAGAGGGUGUUGGUGAUAUUAUGGAGUGAAUAACUGUCUUCCAUGUGCAACAGCUUACAAUUAGUAAAUGGUUAAAACUGUGUGUCAACCACCAGUCAUAACUGUUAUAUUCGAGUUGUAGCACACCAACAGCAAUACGUAGUUUGCAGAAAUAACUUACAUUGAUCAUGAAACCCCCCCCCCCCCCAAAUCUGAUGCCAAGUCUGGGAACUGGAAGCCUUUUUUGGCACCUUUGUCCAAAGGAUCAAAAACCUGGGUAAUGCUUGAAUUCAUGUACAUUAUCUUGUAUGUUUAUGUAACACAUGCUUUUGAUACUGUUCUUUCAUUUAGUUUUAUAUGGUAAAUGUUUGGAUGAUGUUGACACUUGGAAGUGCAAAAGCCUUUAAGGCAGUGGUAUUCAAAGUUGUGGUCGUGCCCAAAUAGUUUUGUACACAUUUUUGUAUGGGACAAACAUUUUGAGAAAGAUGAUUAGGGAAAAAAAUUGUGUUCAGUAAAUGUAUCUAUUGGUUUCUUCAUUUUGAUAACCUUCAAUUCAUCACACUUUUAUCUCUUAUUUGUUGAUGUAAAGAUUGGAAUUCACCCCCAAAAAAUAUUUUAAGGUUGUCAUUAGAUUCGGUCGGGGUGGGGUUGCAAUACAUUUUUGCGAGGGUGGGGAAAUGGGCUCCCGCAAAUUU